UUUAUUUUUCAUGAGUGUUGUAUUGCUGGGUUGAGAUAAGCCUUCGUAUUUUUGUAAGUAUUUUGAUAAUAUUUAUUAGUUACCAUUUAAACUAUUAUCCAUAUAUAUAUAAAAAAUGAAUUUAUAGCACGUGCACAUAUAUUACCACUGAAGCAGAAAGUGCAGUUUUAAUUUAUGUAUUUAUCAAUUUAUAAACUCAAAAUAUUCUAGAACUCUAAAAACUAACCCUAUAUAGGAAACCCUUAGUUACAUAUACAUAUAUACAAGUAUUUUUAAGAUGAUUCUAAAACAAACUAUUGUUUGAACCAUAUACAUUUUUUAGGUGGGUUGUAGUGUUAAUAGAAAGCCACAAUCAUGUUGGCGGCAAGUGCUAUGGAGAUCAUGAGAACCAUCCAAACUGGAUUCCAAUAUUUGGCCUUGAUGCAGUUCACGGCUUACCUGAUACCUCCACAGGCUAAUGUUCAAAGUGGCGCCACUUACGACUACAUUAUUGUUGGUGCCGGUACAUCCGGGAGUGUGAUUGCAAGUCAACUGACAGAAGAUCCUCAUAUAUCGGUCCUUUUGAUUGAAGCUGGUGGUGACGCUCCGUUGGAAUCAACCAUGCCAGCAGCAGUGGCUUUUCUUAAAAACUCCAGUUAUGAUUGGAAUUACAUCGCGGAGCCUGAUUUACAUUCAAAACAAUGCCAUCGUAGAUCGUCUCCUGAAGUGAUCCUUGGCAAAAUGCUCGGAGGUACCAGUUCCUUAGACUACAUGGUCUACUCUCGAGGACAUCCUACAGAUUACGAUAACUGGGCCAAGAUAGUUAAAGAUCCCACUUGGAAUUGGGAAAAUGUUUUGCCUUACUUCAAGAAAAGCGUGAAAGUUGAUGACGAAAAUUUCCUAAAAUCAGCAGAUAGUGCUAAAAAUUACGGAUCAGACGGUUUAAUAGGAUUAACGAUAGACAAUCGUGAUUACGUGAAUAAUCUGUUAGAAAGCUGUAGCGAAAUGGGCUACGAUAUUGUUACUGACCCAGAGAGUUCAAUUGGGUAUUCGAAAAUGCUGGUAAGCAUAGGUGAAGGAGAACGACACGGCAGCGGAAUUAUGUUCCUCAAACCUGCUAAAGACCGUAAAAAUUUGCAUGUACUUAAAAACACAUUCGUUACCAAAAUCAAUUUCGAUGACAAGAGAAAUGCCAUUGGCGUAGAAGCACUGACAGAAGAUGGAAAAACAUUAAUCUUAAAAGCCAAAAAUGAAGUAGUCGUUGCAGCUGGUGCUAUAAACUCUGCAAAAUUGCUUAUGCUUUCAGGGAUCGGUCCCAAAAAGGAUUUAGAAAGUAGGAAAAUCAAAGUGAUAUCAGAUCUCCCAGUUGGUCAGAACUUGCAGGAUCACGUUUCUGUUAUGAUACCCAUUGCUAUGGAAACCAUUGCUGAGCAACCGGUAGACCCUCACGUGUAUUUAGCGCCUCCUGUUAUAGGUUACGUGGCAUUAGACAAAUCCCAGAAAUACCCAGACUACGAAACAGUUUCGUUCUACGCUCACGCAAGGCAGCUGCUUUAUUACUGCGCUUACUCAUACGCUUUCACCUACCACAUCUGUGAUGACAUAUACAUGCUGAUGCACGGUCAGGAUGAAAUCGGAAAAAUGGGUCUGAUGACUGAUAUUGUACACUUGAACCCAAAGUCAAGAGGUGAAGUUAAGCUUAAAAGCUUAAACCCAAUGGAACCUCCAGCAAUCCACGUUGGGUAUUUUUCGAACGAAGAUGACAUCAACGAUUUAGUAAAAUAUAUUCAAGAGUUCAUUCCUAUAGUUAACACUACGUUCUUCAGACGAAUUGGAGCAGAAUUGGUUGAAACUACUUCAGGUAGUUGCUAUGACUUCGAAGCGGGUAGUGAUGACUAUUGGAGAUGUUACACUACUUGUGUUUAUACUGGUUUGAACGACUACAGUGGUACUUGUGCCAUGGGUAGUGUUGUUGAUAGCAAACUUAGAGUAUACGGCGUUCAGAAACUAAGAGUUGCUGAUGCCAGUAUCAUGCCUGUUAUCACAAGAGGAAAUACAAAUGCCCCUGUAGUCAUGAUUGGCGAAAAGGCUGCAGAUUUUAUUAAGGAAGAUUACAAAACUAAAUAUUGUUAAUGUAUUCUUUUUAUUGGCAAACGGUGAUGUGAUUUCUAUUUCUUGAUCUAUAAAUACAUUGGUGUUUGUUA